UCUAUCAAAACAAAACAUUACAGAAAGUCUCUGUAGUGUCAGGACCUAGCGGCCACCAAUCUAGUUCCUACUUCUCCUAUCCCAUGUUCCAUGUUCAAUUGACCAGGAGACCUACUCAGGCUCGGUUGGCCUUGAAUUCAAGGCCAUGGUUAACUGGUGCGCUGUGCCGUUUUGUAGGAAUCAGGCAUCCAUAGGAUUUCCCAAAGACCCAUUGCUUCGAAAAGCCUGGUGCAUCGCCAUUCGCCGGGUCCAUCCCAUCCGAAAAACCCUUUGGAAGCCAUCCUAUCACCACAAAAUUUGCCGCAGCCAUUUCUUGCCCACCGACUUUAAUGCCUCAAAAAGAUUUCAAAGCGGGAUUUCCACCCACAGCGAAUGCUGGCGCCUCAAACCCGAGGCCAUUCCAUCCAUCUUUCGCUUCCCCACCAAGUCGACCUCAACGGAGGUCAGAUCCAAAGCGGCCAAAGCCUCUCGAACCCAAAGGUCCCUCCAGCCCGGCCAAAGCAGGCUUUUGGGCCCCCCGAAUAAUACAAAAUCAGCGGACAAUCAGCAUGAUGCCCUCGGGUGGGACCAUAACUACAGCCACUUUUUGGACGAACCUAUCCAGCAUGAUCCAUGUGGGGAGGGCCUUGAUGUUAUCGAUCCGUUGGGUGAUCCUAAGAUAACCACGGCUGGACAGAUCAGUCCUGAGCCUCAUGAGGAGGAAGCCCAAACCUUGUGGCCCAGUCCCAUGGAUCCAUUAUUAGUAUUACUACCCUCUGCCGAAGCCACGACUCCAGGGCCAGAUCUGUGCCUCAAUGCUCCCAUUAAUGUCAGUUGUGAGACUGGGGUCAAGAGCGAGCCUGAGUCUUGGACGGUGGAGGAAAAACCCCACGACCCAAUAGAAAUCCAAGAGCUUCCAAUACAAGGACGAAGAUUUGGGAUUGACGAAAUGCGUUCGAAACCCAGCACUCUUCUAUAUUAUAGUGGAUUUCAAUCCUACGACCUUUUUUGCCAGUUCAUAGCCCAGUUAGGUCCAGAUCUUAAUCAUCUGCGUCACCCACUUGUCAAACUUUCCAUUCAAGACGAGUUUCUUCUAACAGUGAUGAAACUGCGCCAAAACAAGGAUUAUUUCGAGCUGGCUGUUUUUUUUGAUAUUGAUGAAUCCGUGGCCGAGGAGAUCUUUCACACUUGGCUUGGAUUCAUGUUUAAGGAGCUUCAAAAAGAAGACACUUGGCAGGGUGUGAAGGUAGUUCGAGCUGUUAUCCCACGUCGUGAAAGUUCACUGACAAUCAAAGAUGAAGCUAAUUCGAAACCACGGGCCAAAACCAUGAACAAUCCUUCUAAUCCGACCCUGAAAGUCAUGUUGGGUAUCAAUUCCGAAGGUUUAGUGACACAUACCUCAGGCAUUCAAAAUGGCUUCGAAUCCGAUCAUCAAUUGAUGGACAGGGUUGAUUCUCGGUGUCCAUCCAACAUUGUGGAAAAAUCGUACAAUAUUACAGGAGACAAAUUAAUCAGUGUGAAAUAUUGCCUUGGUGAGAAAGAAGGAAAAAUUCACCCUCCUGUGCUAUUCAAAAACUUUCCCAAGCGCAAUUUUCGAUUGAACAAGGACUCUCGGAGGGUGGUUAUUGGCCUUGACAGGACCAACAAAGAUCGGCAGAGGAAAAACUCGCUUCAGAAACAUAUUGACAAAGUGACGGACCUUUCCAAGGCAUUCAAAAUUCUUUCUCAAGGAUUGAAGUCGUUCAGUUUAGAAAACGGCAAUCAGAUAAUAUUUGUGUGUUACGCAAUUUGCAAUUUUAUUUUGAAUAAAAUAUAAAGUUGCAAUAUUGAA